AGGUGGAAGGGGAGGGGUGAGACUGAGAAAAUGCCGUCUGUAGUGAGGUCUCCUCACCCAUCAUCCCAGCUGCUGAGGCAGCACUGUACCAGCUCCCAGUCUGGGUGGGUACUGAGCACAGGGAUGAGAAUCAUGAGUAGGGGCUCAGGCCUUGCUCUCAGGAGCUCACAGGCUGAGGGGAUUCAGGAACCACUAGAUGGGCGUGUAAAACUCUUCCUCCUGCUUCCCCAGUCCAGCUUGUUUGGUGAGUCUGCUGGAGGGAAUGAACACUGGGGUGCAGAAGUCGACAGUGUGGGGAGUUGGAGUGACCCGGCUGGAUGUGACCCCCAGGACAGAAUGGUGCUGGACUCAGGGGCUCAGGUGUAUGAACAGGCACCCCCUAGCCCACCAGUCAGUCCCUCAUCCUUGGGCCAUAGGCUGAAGCCCCCAGACCGAGAUGGGACACUGCUGUACCCCUGGCCUCGCUCCCUGGCCUUGCCCCUCUCUCUGUCAGCCCCCUCAGCCCUGCAGCCCCGGCCUGAACUGCAGUCCUUCUCAGAACUGCACUUGGGCCACCGUGGCCACAUGCGUCGCAGUGAGAGCACUUUCACCAUAAAUAGUACUGGUCGGCGCGGGGGCAGCACCCAAGGUCGGGCCCCACCUGGACGGGGACGGGACCCAGGUGGGGGUAUCCUGCGAUCUGCGGCCUCCCUGCCUCACAUUGCUAAGACUCGAAAGGAUACAGGCCGUGGUGCCAGCAGGAGCCCCUGCAUGUUGGUGGCCCUGAGGCCAACCAAUAUGGACCGUGAACGGGACAAGUUCUUCCAGUCCCAUUACACCUACAACCCACAGUUCGAGUACCAGGAGCCUAUGCCCAUGGCUGUGCUGGAGAAGUACUGUGAGGCCUCUGGACAGUUCAUCCAUCAGGCAGUUGGCAUCAUUGAGGCUGUGCUGGAGAAGUUUGGUACCUAUGAACACUUUGAGGCUGCGACUGGAGGCCAGCUGCUGACCAAGUGCCAGAUCUGGUCCAUUGUGCGCAAAUACAUGCAGAAGGAGGGCUGUGUUGGGGAGGUUGUGGUGCAGCUGAGUGAGGACCUGCUGUCCCAGGCAGUGAUGAUGGUGGAGAACAGCCGACCAACACUGGCCAUCAACCUGACUGGAGCCCGUCAAUAUUGGCUGGAGGGCAUGCUGCGGCAUGAGAUAGGCACCCACUACCUGCGGGGAGUGAAUAAUGCGCGGCAGCCCUGGCACAGCACAGAGGGCCGGCUACAGUAUGGGCUGCGGCCAGCGAACCCCACCGAGGAGGGCCUGGCCAGCCUGCACAGCGUGCUGUUCCGCAAGCAGCCCUUUCUGUGGCGUGCUGCGCUUCUGUACUACACCAUUCAUCGCGCUGCACGCAUGUCCUUCCGCCAGCUCUUCCAGGACCUGGCGUGCUAUGUGCAGGAUGCUGAUGUGCGCUGGGAGUACUGCGUGCGUGCCAAGCGUGGCCAGACAGACACCUCGCUGCCCGGCUGCUUCAGCAAGGAUCAGGUGUACCUGGAUGGCAUCGUGCACAUUCUGCGGCACCGUCGGACCAUCGAUUUCCCACUGCUGACCUCCCUGGGCAAGGUAUCCUAUGAGGAUGUGGACCACCUGCGGCCCCAUGGGGUCCUGGACAAUACCCGGGUACCCCACUUCAUGCAGGACUUGGCGCGCUACCAGCAGCAGCUGGAACACAUCAUGGCCACCAAUCGGCUGGAUGAGGCAGAGCUAGGCCGCCUGCUGCCUGACUGAUGCUGGUUGAGGGCUAAAGACAAAGAUUCUGGAUAGAAGGUUAUAGAUAAGCUCCAGAACAUGAAGCUGGCUGCUCUGUUUCCACAGCCUGGGUGUUUCUUGUUGAACUGGGGGCACAGGAGCCUUCCAGGAGGGAGGAAUGGCAACAUCAGGGGAGUUGUGUCCCUUGGUAGCCUCCCUGGGGCCUUAGAAGCAGCAGCACUAUGAAUGUCAGGCAAACUUGAGUCUGCCCUUCUGCCUCCAGUUCUCAAUGUUGAGCAGAGGGGAAGCUUGGGGGCAGGAAGGAAGCUGAGCAUGGGUGGGGAUGGGGGUUGGUUUGGGAGUAGAAACUUGUUUUUGUAUGAGAUGACUUUGGGUGUCUGCAUAAUUCAGGCUCCCUUCCCCCACGUGGCCCCUUGGUGCUCCUUCAGCUUUCGUGCUGUCUACCUCUCACUGGGUCUUGGUGGGGGGCACCCUUCUCCUGGGGUGAUUGCCUGAGCCUGAGGUCCUGGCUUUCAUAGAGAUUCAAGGGGUAGUGGAGACCCAGUUGGGCUGGGGUGUGCUUUCCAGCAUUUUGCCUCUCCCACUGGUCACAUAUUUAUUCCCUAUUUAUAUGCUCUACUUUUGGGGCUGGGAGGCAGCAGCUCCUGAAGGUUCCAUGGAGGGACCAGGGCUCCUCUGGAAGGCACUGACUGUUCCUAGCCCCACUGUCAUCACACCUAGGCACACGCACGCAGUCUUAGGCUGUGUGAGUGGAGCCCAAGGGCUCACCUGGCCCUGCUCCCACCCCUCCACUGGCCUGUGCUGUUCCUGUCUUUGCUCACACCCUCACAGCUGGUCUCUGGCAGAGGCUGACAUAGCCUGGUAGCAGCCCUAUCAAGCCUGAGGGGGACACCCUAGCUGGUGUCCCAAGUCCUGAGCACCUCCUGGACCAGGAGAGUUGUUGCUUCCAGUUUCACCUCAGACUCAGCUGUGUGACAUGGACCCAGGCCCACUCCCACUCUUGGCCUUAGUUUUCCCAUAUGUGAAACCAAGAAAUGGAGCUGGGAAGCCCCUAUUCAUUUAGUCAGUGAACAUGUAUAGAGCACCUUCUCUGUGCCAGUUACUGGUCAGAACCCUCAUUGAGCUCCCAGUCCAGAGAGAAGCCAAUUAAAACAAUUACGAUGAAGUGUG